GGAAAUGUAUAUAAGAGAACGCAAAGAGCCGACGCCGCUUCACUCGCAACCUGUCUGGCCCUGGAAGAGCCAGCCAACACGGAGCAUCCAAAAUGAAACUUACCCAGUGGGUGGUGGCCCUCCUGCUGGCCCUCACGGCGGCGUUUGCUAAUGCCGAACCCGCUCCUGAAGCACUUGCUGAUCCUGAGCCAACCAAGGGAGGAGGCAGAGGACGGCAGAGCUAUGGCCGCAUGACCUACCGACCCGUCAUGAUGAUGCGAAGCUACGGCGGCGGCGGCGGCGGCGGCUUCGGGAAGGGCAAAGGAGGAGGAGGCUACGGAGGAGGGAUAGGCAAAGGAGGCGGUGGUUUCGGAGGAGGUUACGGAGGAGGAAAGGGCAAAGGAGGAGGAGGAGGAGGAUACGGAGGAGGCCUAAGCAAAGGAGGCGGUGGUUUCGGAGGAGGAAAGGGUGGAAAGGGCAAAGGUGGAGGAAGAGGAGGAUACGGCGGAGGAUUUGGAGGUGGGAAAGGCAAGGGUGGAGGACAAAGGCGUGGAUAUGGAGGUGGCGGAGGAAAGGGUGGAUUCGGAGGAGGCAAGGGUGGUGGAGGAUACAGAGGUGGAUUUGGAGGUGGAAAGGGGAAGGGUGGAGGAGGUUUCCGUGGUGGGUAUAUGAUGAGCAGCUACGGAAGUGGAGGACACGGGUGGUGA